AUGCUGGACAUAUUUCGCGGUCUGAAGAGUCUCAUAAAAAUCUCGCACAUCCAUAUCGACAGCGCCGUCUUCCGCUUGCAUUACAGCCUGACUGUGAUCCUGCUGAUAGCGUUCUCCCUGAUUGUCACAACCCGCCAGUACGUCGGCAAUCCCAUCGACUGCAUACACAGCAAAGACCUGCCCGAGGAUGUUUUGAACACUUACUGCUGGAUACACAGCACCUACACGAUAACCGCUGCGUACCAUAAGAGAGAAGGCUCAGAGGUGCCCUUUCCCGGCGUCGACAAUUCCAGAUCAUAUCCCGAAACCGAGCGAAAAGAGUACAGAUACUAUCAGUGGGUCUGCUUCAUGCUGUUUCUGCAGGCGAUCCUCUUCUAUACUCCGCGCUGGCUCUGGAAGGGCUGGGAGGGUGGCAAGAUUCAUGCCCUUAUGAUGGAUCUCGACAUCGGGCUCUGCUCCGAGGUGGAGAAAAAGCAAAAGAAGAAAAUGCUGCUCGACUACCUCUGGGAGAACCUUCGCUUUCACAAUUGGUGGGCUUACAGGUACUACCUAUGCGAGGUCCUCGCGCUGGUGAAUGUGGUCGGUCAGAUGUUUCUGAUGAACCGUUUCUUCGACGGGGCCUUCUUGACCUUUGGCAUCGACGUACUCAGAUUCCUCGAGUCCGAUCAAGAGGAUCGAGUGGAUCCAAUGAUUUAUGUCUUUCCACGAAUGACCAAAUGCACCUUCUACAAGUACGGCGUCAGCGGAGAGGUCGAGAGACAUGACGCCGUCUGUAUACUGCCUCUGAACGUCGUGAACGAGAAGAUCUAUGUCUUUCUGUGGUUCUGGUUCCUUUUCCUCGGCGUGCUCAGUUUCUUUACGGUUUUAUAUAGGAUCCUAAUAAUAUUUUCGCCACGCACGAGGGUCUACCUGUUGCGAAUGAGGUUUCGUUUGGUACGGAGGGACGCGGUGGAGACCAUAGUGCGUCGCAGUAAAGUUGGCGAUUGGUUUCUCCUCUACAUGCUGGGCGAGAAUUUGGACACCGUGAUAUACAGAGACGUGAUGCACGAAUUGGCGAACAAGCUCGCCUCGAGGCAUCACCACGGCGUAUCGGGAGUGAAGAGCGAGCUUCAAGAAGCCUGAUCGAGGUUGCCUCGGAGGGUCGGCACGUACGAAUCGCCGCUGCCGCUGCCGCAGUCCUGCCCUCGCCCAUCUGUAUCGCGCGGUCGUCGACGCGUCCGGGAACGAGGACGCGGGACGUGCGAUCGUAGCCGGAGCCUGAGAAGACGACGGGCCGGCGACGGGUCCUCUUCCUUGAGGAUCCGCGGCUCCGGUCUCGCCAAGAGACGCGUUUUUCCCUUCCGCCGACUAUUGCUCGUCGAACUCGAAGCGAUGCGACAGCGAUAGCUAGAUGCCGAAGAUGCGUUCGCGGAGAUAACGAUUUGCGGUGAGAAAGGGAAAGAGAGAAAGAGAGGAAGAGAAAGAGACGCGCGCGCUUUCGCUAGUCAUUCUCAAUAAUCGGAAACUGACGCAGUUUCGGCGAGUUCAGCGAUCUCGAGGCGCAGACACAAGCAAAAAUAUUUAGAGAAGAGAGUAGAGGUGCCAACUGUGUGCUUUCGACAUUUUCAAAUUAAGCAUUUAAGUUUUACGCGUUAGGGUCGUUAUAUAUUUUUAGAUUUAUAUGCGCAUUCCAGUAUAGUAUGAACACAAACGGGUGUAGACGACAUCGCAUGCACGUAUCUGUAUUUUUUGUAUUUUUCCGAAAAGAGGGAAGAUCGCACCGCGGUGUCUCCUUGUAUGUUUUCUUGUCCCAUCUCACGUACUCACUUUCUUCUCUACUUGUAGAAAACGUAAGCGCAGCGGCGAAAGGUGCAUUCGGCCGCGUCUUGCAGCACGGAGAACCGAACUCGUCGAAAUUGCAUACCGGUUCCAGUCCCCGGUCGCAGUCGGGCGGAUCCAGCUGCGGCGCGGUGCGGCGGCGAGGCGGCGGCGGCCUGCGAACGAAAAGACAGAGACACGCGCGGCAGCGCGUGUGCGAGCGAUGGAAAGGACCAAAACUAUAUCGUUGGCGUUGCCGCACUCGGCAGGAGAUGCGUCGUCCCUAGAUAGCGACACUCGUUAAAAGACACUUCGGGAACGGCGGCAACGGCGGCGCGGCGGCGGCGGCGGCGCGGGUCGUCGAACGGAUAUCGCACCGGCCGAUCGUCGAGGGUGUAACGCCGGCCAAAGAAUUCUUCGUGCCUUCGUAUUACUCCCGCGUCGCCGAAAGACAAGAUCGCGAAAGAGUGCCAGAGAUCGAAUGUAUCGUCGCACGGAAUAUCUUGUUUUUGGCGUAGCUGAAAAUUUGGCCUCGCCACAUUAAAGAGUACCUUCAGAACCAGAGACUGAAGAAUUGAGAAACAACGAAUUCCUCGAGGAAAAUACAAUUGUAAGCUUCUUAUGAAUUAUGUAUCUAUGUGACAGCUGAUUCUAUCACUUUUCCCUAUUGUCACAUUAAAAAAUGAUUUCAAAAGCGCGGCAGAUGAGAAAUCGAGGAACAAUGAGUUCCUCGGGGAAAAUAGAAAUAUAAGCUUUUCAUGAACUAUUUUGUUACGUGACAGCUGAUUCUUAUCAUUUUUUUCCCCAUUGUCACAUUGAAAAGAUGCUUUCAGAACCGGCGAAUGAGAAAUCGAGAAACAAUGAGUUCCUCGGGGAGAAAAUAGAAAUAUGAAUUUUUAUGAAUUACAUUACAUAACAGCUGAUUCUAUCGUUUUUCCUUAUUGUCACAUUAAAGAAUGUCCUCAGAGCUUUUUAUGAAUUAUUUUGCUAUAGGACAGCUGAUUCUAUCGUUUUUCCCUGUUGUCACAUUAAAAAAUUUUCAGAACUAGCAGCUGAAAAAUCAAUGAGUUCCUCGGGGAGAAAAUAAAAUAAAAUUUUUUUAUAAAUUAUAUCCUUAAAUGACACAACUGAUUCUAUCGUUUCUCUUUAUUGUCACGCGAAGGGGUGUGCCUAAGAAGAAUUAAAGUAUGUUCCGUGUGCCGAUAUACUCAGAUGUUUGUAAGUUAGCUCUAGGCUAUAGAGAGCAUCCAGGAAAUGCUAAAUGGACGCUGCGUAUAAUUGUAUCGAACUGUUUUAACAUUUUGAUCGUGCCGUGUUUCGCAAGUAUAAGUACUAGGUAAAGGAAAUACGAAGGGGGGAGGAAAUUAAUCGUUUUAAAGAUCAUUGUGUAGCUGUAUUUCGGGCAACGUUACGACGAUCUCUUUUAAUGGAAAGUUUGGAUUGUGCCUUUGAAGAAAGAUUCUUCUAUUCGAUCCAUUAAUGCAAUAACGUAAUAUGUAGUCUAGUCAUUAUACUCUACGUCUACGUAAUUAUCGAUCGCGAGUUCAUUCAUUGAUACGGACACACUGCCACCGAUCGGUACGAUCGAUUUUAUUGUAUCUGUCUUCGUUCUAUUUAAAUGAAGAUAGCGCCCAAAAUAAAGGUACGUUACCUUGAAACUUUAAGAGUUGUUAAUUUUGUGAUACUGAUUAACGAUUCCGAAAUGCUAUCACGUUAUUUAUAAGUAUAUCAUGUUAUUUAAUUUCUUUUGACGUCUGCAGUUUAUAAAACUUUCGUCGAUGACAAUGUCGAACUCUAAGUGAAUAUUUUAAUGGUACGCUACAUUCACGAACAGCUUAAAAGCCUUGGUUAUUUUCAUUUAAUCAAUAAACAAAGAUUUUUUUUCUGGAAAUGAAGAAACUUUUCAUUUGGCUUA